CUCUUGCUUGUUAACUCAUUGAACAGAGAAAUGGGAGAGGUGCAAGUGCCAGAGAAUCUGGAAUGGUCUCUCCCAGUUCCAAGUGUUCAAGAGCUUGCGCUCCAACAUCUUCAUGCUGUACCACCUAGGUACAUCAGAGAUCAUGACGCUGACGCCCAUGAGAUCAUCACCGAUCAGUCACUUAGUGUGCCGCUAAUUGAUUUGGCCAAGCUGCUCAACCAAGAUUCCCAAGCUAUGGAGCUUCAAAAGCUUCACUCUGCAUGCAAACACUGGGGUCUAUUCCAGUUAAUAAACCAUGGAGUUUCAGAUGAAUCAGUAAGAAACAUGAGGGAUCAAGCUCAAGAAUUUUUUGAGCUUCCCUUGCAAGAGAAGGAACGCUGGGUGCAGAAGCCAGGAAAUCUUGAAGGCUAUGGCCAUUCCUUUAUCACCUCUGAACAACAAAAGCUUGAAUGGAGUGAUAUGAUCUUCCUCAAAGUUCUUCCAGCUCAAAACAAAAACUUGGAAUUUUGGCCACAAAAACCACUCAAAUUCAGGGAAACACUGGAGAGCUAUACUGAAGAUGUGAAAGGGGUUGUUGUUUCUUUGGUGAGGCUCAUGGCCAUGGGGCUUCAGCUUCAGGAUAAGGAAUUCUACAAAACUUAUCAACAAGGAAGAUAUGACGUGAGGAUGAAUUUCUAUCCACCUUGUCCUGAACCUGAGAGAGUUGUUGGCGUAAAUGCACAUGCUGACAUAAAUGGGAUCACCCUCUUGCUCGAAUGCGGUGACACGCCAGGUUUACAGGUUCUUAAAGACGGUAAAUGGAUCCUCGUUCAGCCCAUAGAUGGUGCCAUUGUUGUGGACAUUGGCCAAAUCAUGGAGAUAAUGAGCAACGGGAUAUACAAAUCACCACUUCACAGAGCAGUGGUAAACAAAUCAAAAGAGAGGCUUUCAAUAGUGACCUUCUGCUAUCCCAACUCAUCUCAUGAUAUUGGUCCAGCCAAAGAACUCAUCAACUCUGGAAUUCCACCUCUUUACAAGACUGUCUCGCUAGAUGAAUAUCUUCACCUCUUCUUGAAUUCCAAGCUUGAAGUUCCAUUCAUAGAAAGCCUCAAAUUCUAAUGCUUAUACAACUGAGAUGAAACUGGAAUAAAUUCAUAUGUAAUAAGUAUAAAAACUGGAAAUUAAAUUUAUAUCUUUGUUUAUUGGUUUAA